AUGUGGACCCAUGGGAUCUUAGAAAAGAUUUGGAUUGGAGAGAACAUUAAAGAAGAUUGGAGGACAAGCAUACUAGCGCUAGUGUAUAAAGGGAAAGGCGAUGUAUUAGAAUGUGGGAACCACCGUGGUACCAAGCUCUUGGAACACCUCUUGAAAGUUGAGGAAAAAAUCCUGGACCAGAAGAUCCGAGAAGUGGUGGAUAUUGGAAACAUGCAGUUUGGCUUUAGACCGGGGAGAGCCACGACAGAUGCUGUAUUUAUACUCAGGCAGCUCCAAGAGAAACAUCUGGAAGGCAACAAAAGCCUAUAUCAUGCCUUUGUUGGCUUGGAAAAAGCUUAUGAUAGGGUACCCAUAGAACUGGUCUACUGGUGUCUACGGAAGAAAGGAGUUCUAGAGUGA